UUGAAAGUGAAGAGAGAAAUCACAAGUCCUGGGUAAGGCUUGCUACUCUAGUUUUAUCCCGUAUCAUUCUUUUUAACAAACGACGCUCCGGAGAAGCGGCACGGAUCAAGAUGAGCGAUUAUAUUAACAGACCAAGGUGGGAAGAUCAAAGUACAGAUGAUAUAAAGGAAUCAUUGACACCAAUUGAGCGCAAGUUGGCCGAUACUCUAACUGUCGUUGAAGUAGAAGGAAAGAGAGGAAGAAAAGUUCCAGUAAUUUUGACGCCCAUAAUAAAAGAGUCUAUCGAUUUGCUGAUUCGACACCGGUAUCAGUGUAACAUUUCUUCGCAAAACAAAUACAUUUUUGCGAGAUCAAAUCCAUCAUUAAGCCACCUCAGAGGUCAUGACUGCUUGAAUAAGACAUGUGAGGAAGUACAACUUGAAAACGCGUCACUGAUCAGUGGAAGAAAGCUAAGGAAGUAUGUAGCGACGGUUUGUCAGUUGUUCAACAUGUCAGAGAAUGAAUAUGAUUGGCUGGCAAGACAUUUAGGACAUGACAUAAGAGUACAUAGAGAAUUUUACAGAUUGCAUGAAAGUGCAGUAGAAUUAACUAAAGUCAGCAGGCUACUGAUUGCUGUAGACAAAGGUGAAGCCAGCCGAUUUGCCGGAAAACGCAUUGAGGAUAUUUCCAUAGAAGAUUUGCCGUAUUUGGAGGACGAAGCAGAUAACAUUGAACCAGAAAGUGAGGACGAAAAUAUUGAAAUAGAUCUAAAUAAUGUAGCGGGAGUGCCUGAAGAACAAACAACGAAAAGACGAAUCGCAAAAAAAGGUUAGUUACACUUUACAGAAUUGAAUUAAUAUUACGGCCUAUUAUUAAGUAACAUUUUGUAUAUAUGGUUACGUGAAAUUGGCCUGCUAUUUUGGGAGAUACUGUAUGUGUUUAAAUUGUUUUCAUUAUUAAAGGUAAUAAUACUAAUACUAAUUCCAAAAUUAUGUUUCAGUGUCACCUAUACGGAAGAAUAGAAGAGAAAAGAUAAAUUGG